GCGCUGGUUGCACGAAGUACAGAAGAUCUUGCCAUACACGCUCGAUCCAUCUGCCUGCUGCCGCCCCAGCGCGUGCACGAGCGCAUCGCCACCCUCCCGACUCCGAUCACUAAUACGCUGGGAUGAAGCCAUCCUUCAGCGCCUCCGCUGCGAUCGCGGCAACUUUCGCCCUCAGCGUCAGCGCAGCGAACAGCAUUCCGACUUGCGGACCGAAUCAGCUAUGCCCUUCCAGCUCGCCAUGUUGCUCCCAGUACGGCCAAUGCGGUGUCGGCGCAUACUGCCUGGGCGGCUGCGACCCUCGCUACUCCUACGACCUACAGUCCUGUGUGGCAGCGCCGACAUGCAAGAGUGGUGACUUCGAGCUUAACUCACUUGACGAUGUAAAGCCGAACACACAAUACCUUGGCGACUCGAGCACUGCCAACUGGGUCUCGUCUGGCACGCCAGUCGUGUACAACAAUGAGAGCGUACUGUUGACGAUGGCGCCGAACACGGUUGGCACAUUGUUGAUGAGCACACAUUAUGUGUGGUAUGGAGAGGUCAGCGCGACAUUCACGACGAGCCAAGGUGCUGGCGUGGUCACUGCAUUCAUUAUGAUGAGCGACGUGCAUGACGAGAUUGAUUUCGAGUUCGUCGGUGUGGAUAUGACGCAUGCACAGAGCAACUACUACUUCCAAGGCAUCACGGAUUACAAUAAUGGAGCGAACUUGUCCGUCUCCGACACGAGGCAGAACACGCAUACGUACACGUUCAACUGGCAGCCGGACUCGCUUACUUGGGCCAUCGACGGCAAUGUCAUGCGCACAUUGAACCGCAACCAAACGUACAACAGCACCACGCAGCAAUACCACUACCCGCAAUCACCCUCACGUAUUAUGUUAUCGCUAUGGCCAGCCGGCCUGGCGUCGAACGGCCAAGGCACGGUUGACUGGUCCGGCGGUCUGGUGAACUGGGACAGCCAGUACAUGCAAAACGGCUACUAUUACGCGGUGUUCAGCGAUGUAAAGGUGAACUGCUACAACCCACCAAGCGGUUUCAGCAACAACCACGGCAGUGCGGCGUAUUACUACACUAGCGGCUACGGGACCAAUGAUACUGUCGCUACUGGCAAUAACAACACAAAGCUUGCUUCUUUUCAAGCAACCGGCGACAACCCAAAUUAUGACCCGAAUGCCUCGGCCUCCGCCAGCGCGAGCAAAACGUCUGCCUCUGCCACCAUGUCCGCCACACCGGAGACCGUACCAGGAAUUUCUGGCGGCGGCGCGCAAGGCAAUGCUGGCGCUGAAGACGGGUCAUCCGGCUCGUCCGGAUCGUCCGGCUCGUCUGGCUCGUCUGUAAGCUCUGCGGGCGCCAGCCAAAGCACUGGCAGCUCGGGGGGCUUCUCGCAGGGUGGCGGAAGCACAGGUACGAGUCAGGCGCCGAAAGUGGUGGCUGGCAGUGCUGUGGCGUUGCUCGGCUUCUUUGUCGCGUGUCUGUUGCUAUGAGCAGGAAAAUGUAAUGUGUAAUGCGGAUUUUGGGAGGCAUCUAGUGCAUAGCGGGUGCUGUUCGGUUCGGCGUCAGGGGCGGGUGUCAAAAUGGAAGUGGGCGGCGCUGCAUGAUCUCGGCAUGUGCUUUGUGUCAAUAGUUAAUGUAAGGGCAGAAGUAGCACGUCUUCUUGCUCAACUCGCUGUUUACGCAAUAAUUCGGUGCCUUAGGCUCUCCAGUUCGCUCACGCCAAGAUUUGCGGCCACACUUCCGCUUUUCGAUGCACAUUCGCGACAGUGAGCAUACGAACUUGCGUAUAGCGGCCAAACAAAACACCACCCCUUGUAUCCAUCAACAACUUCAACCACCAUGGAGAACGAACGCGGUGACCUCGUCGACCU